UACUGCUGUUGUCAGUUAUCUCUCGACCAGCGUGCGAGGCGGACGUGUGUUGAAGUCGUGUUCGUUGCUUGCCAAGUCUUUUGCUGCGCUACUUGUAGACUUAGUGUGUGUGUGUGUGUGUGUAUUAGUGUAAGUGUGUCUACGCAUUUUAAGUGCCCCCGUCCAAUAAAUAUGCGUGCAACACAACGCUUGUGGCAGGCCGCCAGCCUGGCCGUCAUCAUGCUCUGCGGACUAGUUCAUGCAAAAGGAGCACACAAGGUGCGCUGCUCGGAGGAUCAAAUGCAAGUGGACAUUGGCCUGCCCGUGGAGAGUGAGCAGCCACAAAUCUAUCUGGAGGGUCUCAAGGGCUAUCCGGAUGUGCGCUGCCAACCCGAGAUUAACGGCGCUCUGGCCGUCUUUAAACUCUCAUUGAGCGAUUUUUACGAGUGCGGCGUGACGCGCAUGGUCAACCAGCUAACGGGCAAGAAGGUGUAUUACCAUAAAAUCAUCAUUGAAUCGGCCAACAGCAAGGAAAUCGUCAGCGUCAAAUGCAUCACCACCAGCGGCCCGGUCUAUAAUGUCAUGUUGAAUGCCACCAGCGGCACAGAAACGGAGCAGUCCACACAUCACGGCUUGGUCAGACGCGAUGUGCUGCCGGCGGGCUUCCAGGAACCAGACGAUUUGGAGAUUACCACCUCAUUGACGAAGCGUGCGCCGGAGCCGCGUCUAGCCAUUGGCGUUAGUCAGGACGGUCAGAAGUUUACGCAGGAUCUGACGGUCAAGUCGGGCACGCCAUUGACUAUGGAGAUUAGCUUGGAUGCAGACUCGGCGCCCAUUUACGGUCUGGGCGUCAACUACUUGGAUGUUACCGACACACACACCUCCUCCGAGACGCUUAUCUUCAAGGGCUGCACUGUUGAUCCUUACUUGUUUGAGAACUUCAAUACCAUCGAUGGUGACAUACUGAGCGCCAAGUUCAAGGCCUUCAAGUUUCCCGACUCCUCCUAUGUGCAGUUCCGCGCCACUGUUAAUGUCUGCCUUGGCAAAUGCUUGGGCACACAGUGCUCCAACAACCAGGUGGGCUAUGGCCGUCGUAAGCGUGAGAUUAGCGCUGCCAACAAGGUCUAUGAAAUUUCACUGGCCAUGUUUUUGCAAGUCAAUGACAUUGAGGGCGUUAAUAAGAAUGAAGUGCUGCAACUGGAGGAGAAACUACGUGAGCUGAAGCUGGCCAAUCAGCGUCUGGCGCGCAACAGUCGUGGAAACUUUGUGGAGCUGAGCCGCAGCAUGGAGCAGACACCUGCCUUUGUUGUGGAUGAACGAGAGCUGGGCCUGCUUAGCUCAUCAGCUGCUGCUGUGGUCUGCAGUCUCUGGUCACUGCUUGCGGCGCUCUGUUGGCGUCUUUUCUAAAUCUCUUAUGUAAAUCCUUCUCUCUCUCUCUCUCUCUCUCUCUCAGCAAGUUCGUCAGGUUGGAACUGUGCAUGGCAAUAGAUACAGCAUGAAAUCGAAAUAUAUAUAAAUACAUACUAGCUAUUACUAAUAUAUAUACUUAUGUAACUGCCAUUUAAAAAACGUACUUGUAUGUAAUUACACUUAAUUUUUAGCGCUGCCUACUCUGCCAGCCUGAGAACCACAACACGGUGAUUCUUUCUUGAUAACAUUUGAACAUUGGUCUAACGCAUAAGCACCUACUAGUCUUCUAAGUGUAACUGUUAAGCUAAUUUAAAUAAUGUCUAUAAACAAAUAACUAAAGCUAAAUCAAUUAAUCAAAUUAAACAAUCCAAUUGAGUCGA